AUGCGAAUAUUGGAGGAAAUCAAUGUCUUUGACCUAUGCUUCCCCCACCCUGCUGCGCGGCUGCUUGCUCCACAGCAGGGGGUGAAGACGUCGCUCGCCACGCCUGCCCAGGAUGCCGUGAAGGCGGAAAUGGACGCGGAGAUCGCGGAAAUCUACGCUGAAGCGCGCGCCCAACGCGAAGCGGAGAAAUCACAGACAGCGAAAACGGCAUCAUCGCACGCGCGCAGCGACAACGGCCCCGGCGUGCUUGGCGAGGAUUCUGUCGACGAUGAUAUGAACAGUGAGCCCGAUAACCUUCCAGGGUCUUCUCCGGUUCACGGGUCUUCUUCGGUUCGCGCACAGGACGCGCUUGCGAGCUCUCGGGUUUUGUUCGACGAUGGUGAAGAGGAAGAGGAGGAAGAAGAGAGUGACGAAGACGACCAGGCAACCUCGCCGCUGAAGCCGCGGAACCCCUGGAGGUGGUCCUUGCCGAACCUGAAGGCGGCGGCCGACAUCUUGGCCACUCAGCACGGGAAGCGAAAGCAUCUGGACGUCGACGAGGAUGAAUACGUCACCGGGUACAAGUCGCUGAGAAGAGAACUCCUCGCUGACGCCGUCGACAAGUGCAUCAAGCGGAAGAUCGCAGAGGGCGAGACGUCAGCGUUGAAGAAAAUUCCGGCUGGUUUCACCCCGGAAAAGACCGUCAAGAAGGGGAAGGCGCCGGCGGCGGGGAAGACCGGGGACGAACCAGAGCGCAAGGAGAACUUCCUCGUUCUGCUCUGCUGCCACUUGGCCAACGACUCCACUUUCGAAGGCUUCCAAGACUGUUUCACGCAGAAGAGUCGACUGUCGUUGGAGGACAAGAAGCACAACCCGAAGAAGAAGUGGUACCGGCACAUCGCGAGAGACAUGGUCAACUUGGAGUACAAGGACGACCAUGGGAACGCCAUCUCCGUCCCAGUCAACCACUCCUACGACAACCCGGAGGCCCCCGAGGAAUUGUUCGAGGCCCUAGACGGCAUCGACUUCGAGCGUACGAAGCGUGAACUGAAUGCACUGUACGGCGAGGACACCUCACCCUUGGAGAGGCAGGUCCCUGUUUGGCUCCGCUACCUCGCGGGAGAGAACACGGAGUUGAUCCGUAAACGAGACGCGAGCGGGGGUGUGGGGGCAGACGCUGCAGACGAUGACGAGGGCGAGGAAGGGAAUGGAGGCGACGGAUCAGGGGACCUAGACGAGAGGGCGGGGGCUGACGGUGAGGAUCCAGACCGUAACGGGGCGCGGAAGCGGAAGGACGCUGUUCACCUGUGGAAUUUUUGCGAUGGGAAACUAGGUCCCUUCCUCUACCACGAUGUCAUGACCAUGAAGGGCGGGGGCGACGUGUCGCAUUUCGGUGAUAUUGUCAUCCCAGACGGUGGCGCGGGGAUGGGGUCGAGCAUCCCCGGUGGGCCUGGCCACCGAGGGAUGGGAGGGGGUGACGACCUCGCCGACGCCAACGAAGCACGUGCGUCACGGCGCAAAGACAAAUCGGCGAUGGCAGUCAGACAUGAGAAACGUGAGGAAGAAAAGCUCGAGAUAUUUAGGUCGGUAGCUAGUUCCAUCCGAGAGCAAAACGAAGCUGACGCAGAGGAACGUCGCAAGGCGUCGGGUUCGUGGGUAGACGUAGCCGCUCUGCUCGUACAGGCGUCUCAAAACGUGUUGCAGGCACAGAAAGUUGUCGACGAGCUACCUCAGGGCUGUGACCCUCAAGUCAAAGCCUGUGCCGAGCUUGCGCUACGCCUCCGCAACAAGGAAGUGUCCGAUCUUAUGGAAAAGCAUGCAUCAUCUUGAGCUGGUCCUAGCUAUAUUGUCUGAGUUCCGCCUGUGGGUGUUCCCGCGGGUCGUGUUUUUUCUUCGUAGGGCCACUACGCCGCACUUGGCGCUCCCCCUUAUUUCUUGUUUAAUUUUUUCGUGCGCACUGAGGAUAUGAUGCGUGAUAAGUGAAGGACAGAGUGGACAUGCGUGCGUGCAGUGUUGUUGGAGUUGUUAGUGCCAAUGUCGCGCGUGGUCGCUCAAAGGGAUGUUGUUGUUUUCCUUGUUUUUUUACGGCUUGUCCGCUGUCGGUUGUACCGAAAGGUUCUGUUGCUGCCGUUAGUGGCGUGUUGGUCAAGAGCCCGUCCGUUGGUGUUGUUCAAUUAGUGUUGUUGUAGAUGGACGACUGCUUUGAUCAUACUUUUGAACCAUAAUGCACCAUCAACCCCGCUACCGUUAUCCGUUUCUUUUUAUUUCUGUUUUUUUUUCUUGUUUUCUUCUUUUUUGGUGUGAGGAGAUGAUGUACUUCCCUUGCUCAACGAUUUUUUUUUUUCCGAACUCUGUUUCUGAGACGUAUGCUGUACUUUCUGGUAUUCACGGGGCAGGCGGCUGACAUGGUUGAUCAAAGUGUUAUAUGAAUUGCGGGUGUACAUGCCGUCACACGCCGUCGAUUCGUUCUCGCUUUUCCCCUUGCUUUCCCGCUUCCCCCGUCGUCUGUACCCGAUGUUUUGUUUCUGCUGUGUGGGGGGUGUUGGGUGCGGAGCCCUAAGCCUGAUGUUGUUGGUGUUGUUGUUGUGUUGUAGGUGCAGGCUCAUCUCCAUUGCCGUUGCUAGACCACCCUCUCCAUCCCCCGACCCCGUCGCCCUUUUCUUCUUUUUGCUUGUUGAUGAGACGUAUUCUGUACUACUCCGUAUACCAUAGUCCAAGGGCAACGUGGUAGACAUUUGCGCGGUGUUGUUUUUUUUAGUAGACGAUGCGCAUUGAGUAUGUUAGGAUGCCAUUGUUUCUUUUUUUCGGUUGCGUUCUGCCCCGUGAUCCCAGCCCGGUUUGCUGGCUGCUGUUCUGGUCGUUUUUGUUGCGUACGCCGUCUGGUGUUGCUUUUGUUGCACGCGUACGUUUGUUUUAUGGUGCAUGUCGACGUGGAUGGACCGCUCUCUCGAAACAGAGUUCGGCGCGUGGCACCCAAAUGAACGACUCUGACGCACGUUCUGUUGCCUUCUUAUUGGUUUGUUCUCUUGUGGGGCGUUGGCAUGGGCGACGGGGGUUUCGGUGCUCACCAUUUGUGGAGGUGUCUUUCCCUAUACGCUCGGCCGGGUUUGUUUCUUUCUUGCCGCACUCGUUUAAUGUAUUGUCGCUGUCGGCGCGGGGUUGGGGUUAGGGGGGGUGGUUGAGAUGACGCCCUCUUCCCGGACGCAGCACGAAAGCUUAUUUUCAGGGGAGCCACUCUCAGCUUGUGUUGCGUUUUUCAUCUUUGUAGCGCCUUCUCCUUUGGUGGCUACACAUCAGUGUUGGGGUUACAGACUACAAGGUGCUGCAGUUGUUCACUACUGGUGUGCCGUUUUUAUGUUGGUACCGGAG